AUGUCCUCAUCAAGGCUGGGUCCAGAAGCUCGCGUCAACUCCAAGCACCUGAGCGAGCACCGCGGUCAGGUCGUUCGCCUCACAGCCAAGGUUCUCAAUCUCGUGGGCGACACCGCGACUGUCGAGGCCAGCGAUGGCGGCGAGGACAUGCACAUUGAAGGCACCUAUGUCGAGAUCAUUGGCAACGUCAAGGAAGACCUCUCCAUCCGUGCCCUCACCAGCAUCAACCUUGGCAACAGUCUCGACAUGAACGCCGUCAACGCCGUUGUCGAGUACUCUCACUCGUCAAAGGGCAGCGGUGUCCUUGCGUAA